CACACUUUCGUAGUAGUAGAACCUUCCAACAUCUGGAGAACGAUCAAGGAGCAACCUUUGUUACCAGCCGUCCGAUCAACCGACCCAUUUGACACAUCUCAGCUCUCUCACUGACUUCUUCAGUCAGUAGUUCUUCUCUUUUCUCUUCUCUUUCUUCAGAUCUCUGCGAGAAAUUGGGGUUAACAAUGUUGCUCCACCUUCGUCUUUUACUUCUGCUAUGUCUGACUUCUUCUUUGAAAGUCCAAGCGUCGGUGCAUGAGUACCGCAGCGAGAGAUUCAUGUCUAAAGGCAACGCCUUUGUCUUCCAUGGUGGCAGUGAAGGCAUCUACUCCUCUUCUCCUUCCGAUAACUUCACUUCCGACUCCGAUUCCGUUUCCUUUAUCCGGUUUGAGAAGAUCAAGUUUCAGAGGCCUGACGAAGUGUCUAACAGAUCCUCAUUACCUAUCCACGCUGUGGUGUUUGAGGUAGAGGACAGGGAAAACAUUGGAGGAUCAGCUUAUGGUGGGCAAAGAGCUGUGUGUUGCACAUCUGAUUUGGCUAAACUCGGUGUUUGCUCGCACGGAGAUGUCAUUUACCGUCCUUCUGCUAAAGAUUCUGGCUGGCCACAAGUGUUUGGUGUUUCAAUUGCUGAGAAUGAGUUGUCUGUUACGCUGCCAACAAGAUCGAUUCAGGUCACUAAGACUGGGAUGUACAACCUCUACUUCAUUCAUUGUGAUUCUGAUCUCAAGGAUUUGCUUGUUGAAGGGAAAACCAUUUGGAAAAAUCCUACUGGAUAUCUACCAGGUAGAAUGGCUCCGUUGAUGUACUUUUACGGGUUCAUGUCGCUUGCUUUUGUGUUGCUUGGCAUCUUCUGGUUCUCCCAGUGUGCUAGAUUCUGGAGAGAAGUGCUUCCGUUGCAGAAUUGCUUAACUCUGGUGAUUACAUUAGGAAUGUGUGAGAUGGCACUUUGGUAUUUCGAUUACGCUGAAUUCAAUGAGACUGGGAUCAGACCAACCGUGAUCACCAUUUGGGCAGUCACUUUUGGUUCUAUCAAGCGUACAAGUGCUCGUAUUAUCAUCCUGAUGGUUUCAAUGGGCUAUGGUGUUGUGAGACCUACGCUUGGGGGGUUUACAUCAAAGGUUAUCAUGCUUGGGGUCACUUUCUUUGUUGCAUCUGAAAUUCUCGAGCUGAUGGAAAAUGUUGGUGCUGUCAGUGAUCUCUCAGGGAAAGCUCGACUGUUUUUCGUACUUCCUGUUGCGAUAUUGGAUGCUUUCUUCAUCAUAUGGAUAUUCAAAUCACUCUCUGCUACGUUCAAGAAGCUGCAGACCAGAAGGUUGUUGGUCAAGUUGGAUAUAUAUAGGAAGUUCACAAAUGCUUUGGCUGUAGCCAUUUUGGUUUCCUUGGGUUGGAUUUGCUACGAGCUUUAUUUCAAGUCGAAGGAUGUUUACAACGAACAUUGGCAAAACGCUUGGAUCAUCCCGGCCUUCUGGCAACUGCUCUCCUUUUCCCUCCUAAUUGUUAUCUGUUCUCUCUGGGCUCCAUCUCAGAACUCGACUAGGUACGCCUUCUCUGGAUCUUCUGGUGAUUCAAGUGCGGAGUUUGAGAAGGACGAUUACACACUAACCCUCAUUAAACCAUCUCCCAUUCCUUCUCACGAAGUCAAGAACCUCUCAGAAACCAGACCUUUACAAGCCGACGAAGGAGAAGCAGAAAAAGAUUUGGAGGAAGAUAAGAGGGACUAAAGUAGUGAAGACAAUAGCCACAACCAUCUAUUUGAUACUUCUUUCUCUUUAUCAACACCUCAAUAUUACUACAUGUAUUCUUUUAGGUUACGUGAGUUUAGUUUGUACAAUACAAAGGGCAAGAGACCAAAUCAGCCUUUGUCUUCGGUGUUGUAGUGUUAGUUUGUGUGCCUUGUUUUUGUCAGUGUAAUGUUUCCUAUGUUGCUUUAUACAUUUAAGUUAGUCUAUGACAAGGGUGGAAAUAUCUC